GCCAAGAUGCAGGUGCAAGGUGCUCCACUGAUCAUUGUCUGCCUUUUGGUGAUCACCAGUUUGGAUUUGAGUGCGGCCAAUUCUUUGUGGAGUCUUGACCAGUUGGGAGCCUACUUCACUGGCAUCUUUCGUUCCGUGGUGGGUCCAAUCUUUGGCUUUGGCCUGAGAACCAACAGCACCGCCUUAUAAAGCUAGCUCUAGAUCUUACCGCACCAGACCGAAGGGA